CCGCAUAACAAUUUAUCCGUCUGCUCGUGCAGAUUCUUUUUGAUCAGCCGAGUUUAAAUUGAAUUUUAUAAUUAGCGACUAAUCUCGUUGAUCGUGAAUUGAAAGUGCCGGGCGGAUCAUCAUCAUCCAUCGACGUGUGUUUAUUCUUGCGGUUGCGCUUAGAACGCACGCGCUUUGCUGGUAAUCCGAGCGAGCAAACCAAAGGAAACGUCGAGGUCGAGGAGAGACCAGAGCAUAGACAUCAGAUACAUACAUGCCCAGAGACAAGUGCGAUCAGCUGUUUGUCGGAUUUGCCGUCAAAGCAAGGAAGAAAGAAAGAAACGGCGUCGGCGAAGGAGAAGAAACCGGAUCCGGAUGUAAUUUCAAUACGCGCUUUUAAUUUUGAAUCGCCGCUCCGGAAGAUGCAUGUACGUAAUAAAUAGCAACAAAUUAAUAAUAAUAAUAAGAUUGAUAACAGAACGUGCGUGUAAUUUAAUUAUUAAAGAAUUGCUUGUAGUUUCCUCUUCUUAUUCUUUUCGCUUUCCCCUAUUCGGAGUGAGAGAUCAAAAGACGCCUCGCUGUCGGUUGUCAUGGCGACGACGUUGGUCGCGGCGGCGUCGCCGGGGGCGUCGCGAGACCGACGAUAAAUAAACAUGGGAAAGUCGUAUAGAAUCGGAGAGAAAGUUGUCGGAAUUUUCGGUUUUUUCUUCGUGCGUUUCAAACUUUUUAACUAAUAUUAUUAUUAUACAUAUUUGUUUCUUUCACGUAAUAAAUCGAAUUUUGAUGAGUUCGUCUAUGGUAGUUAAUGGUCCGUAUGCUCACUUCGUGGCCGGUUGUCGGGAAAAACACACGCGCGCUGCCUUUUAGUUUGCUUAUGUUUCGCGAUUGACCGGGUUUGAGAAAUAGAAAAAAGAAAGAAGUUGAGCGCACUCCGUGUCUUCAUGGAGGUAGACGAGGAGGAAGGUGCAGUGGCGAACUGCGUCUCGGUGGACGGGAAGGAUGAUGGUGAUGAGGAGGACGAGGAAGAUGAGGUGUUGGUGGUGGAGGAGGAAAUUGCGGCGGAAGCUGGUAGUGACCUGGACCACCGAGGAGAUGAUGAGGAAGAUGAGGACGGUUGCAGAUUCUUGAAGUGCGUGCUUCGCGAAAGGAGCACGGAGGAAACGGGUUCCGUGGAACCGCCACCGGCCUACGAGAACGACGCAGCCGCCGGCCCCGCCGAAGGAAUCUGGGCUGACCUCGACCAGGACCAAGACAAAUGGAUCGUACGAUGGAACUUGCCACCUGCCGAAGGCGACUUCAUAGCCCUCUCCUAUACAGACGGCUGCGUGGACGAGUUACUAGGACGCCAGGAAAUAACAACAAAUGAGUCGUCGAUUAUGUGGCUACUAGACUUCCCCCAGAUCCAUAACGCAGAUUGCGGCGGUGGAAGAGUAGGUAGAUCAGGAGGAGGCGGUAAACAGCUGUGCUUCCGGUACUACAGGCAGAGCAGUUUGGAUUACGUCGGUCAAACGCAACCGCUGAUCAUCAAGGAUCCGCCGGACAAGUUCCGGAAGUUCAUUAAGUUCAAGGCGAAAUCUGGCGGCGGCAUCGAGAACGAUGCCUUCCAGGACGAGGACCACCACACGAGGCUGCUCAAGUGCUCAAAUUCGUUGGAAGAUUUAAGCGCGGGCGGAGUCUGCGGCGCUGGAGGUGGCGCCAAGAAGAAGCCCUCCUCGGGGUUGACGAGGUCGGAGAGUGCGAGCGGCACCAAGAAGAAAAUCCGUUCCGCCAAGUCGCCCAGCAAGGAUUACUUCCAAAUCUGGACGGCUAGCAGCAGCAGUAGUCCGGAGGAGGAGUACAAAGCACCUCCGUUACCACCCAGGAGUUUGCACAGGCCGCUGGAGCGUUCCAACGCUUUGCCUCCAGUACUCAGACAGAACAAGCCGAAACCAGUUCAGAAUCCUGAAGACACCUUCAGCUUCGAUCUGAUCGACACGGAUGAACCACCUCAGUAUGAUAAUAGAAUAGUGAUCGGUAAUGACAACUACAUUAGCACCAAGAGCAGCCUCAGCUUGGAGAGCACCAGCUCCACCAGUAGCGUGGAAGUGAUAGAGCCUUCGGCAGAGCUGGCGCUCAAACCACACAAGAAGUUGAGCAGGCAAUCGGAGGAGGACUGUAAGCUGACGCCGCUCCACGCGAAACCGCACAAUAAGAUUCUUGCGCGUAUUUCCGGAGUGGCCGCUUCCGGUUCAGCAUCCGCCUCCGCUCCCGUUUGUCCGCCAACGCCGACGCAUCAUCGAAGACUUAAAGUGAACCAGGAGCUGAAGCCGCCCGGCUUGAAAUCCGAUCUAGGAAUGGAAACAAGCGCCUGCGGGGCCACCGCUUGCUCGCAGCAAUCGGAAGCCGUCGGAGAUGACCCGUUUGCCAAUCCAAGAUUCAGUUUGCGCGCCUUAACCGAGGUGCAUCUGGAUAGGACGAACCAGAACUGCGAGGAUGGCGAGGCCAGUGGGAUGGCCUUUCCUCUCAGGCAUUUGGCCACCACCAGGUUACCAUCCAUACCGGAACGCAAACAUAAAGUGUUAAGCGUGGCUGAGGUGCCAAUGGAACCUCACGAAGAUCCCUUACCUCCAUCAUGGGAAGCAAGGAUGGAUAGCCACGGUAGAGUCUUUUACAUAGACCACGCGACGCGCACCACCUCUUGGCAGAAACCCGGAGGAAGCGGCCUCGCAGCUGGUGUCGCAAUCACCGGAGCGGAGCAGCAGCGCAGACAGCUGGAUAGGAGAUACCAAAGCAUUAGGAGAACCAUAAGUUCGCAACGUAUCGAAGAUGGAAGCGAAGCCUCGCCUCCGGGACUGAAGUUAUUAACGCGCCCUGAUUUCUUCACGGCUUUGCACAUGAAUCAGGAAGCUUCGUCUCUUUACAACCGGAAUCCAAGCCUGAAGCAUAUGAUCGGUCGCAUCCGACGCGAUCCAACCACCUUCGACAAGUACCAGCAUAACAAAGAGCUCGUCGCUCUAGUCAACAUGUUUGCUGAUACCUCGAUGGACCUUCCGGAGGGUUGGGACACGAAGAAGGAUAGAAAUGCGAAGCAAUUCUUCAUAGACCACACGAACAAGAAAACCUCCUACAUGGAUCCCCGUCUACCCACCACCGAUCCCGUGGUCUAUAUCAGGCGCAUUUCAGACCUCGACAACGCUCCGAUUCCUCCUCCAAGACCAGCGGCCGCCGGACAAACCUUUGUGCCCUCUUGCAGCGGCUCGGACGUCCCUGUAGCCUACAAUGACAAAGUAGUGGCGUUCCUACGGCAACCAAACAUAUUUGACAUCUUGAAGGAACGACAUCCACCUGUUGGUACGUCGACGACGCUCCGCGAGAAAAUCAACGCCGUGCGGGUGGAUGGAACGUCCGCAUUGGAUCGCCUCUCCCACGACGUUCAUCUAAUUAUCUUGCUCAGCCUGUUCGAACAUGAGAUUAUGUCGUAUGUUCCGGCCGUGUCGUCGACGUCGUCUUCAUCGUCGUCGUCUUCGACAACGACCUCUUCGACGACAACAACAGCAGUCGCUCCUUCUGGAAGAAGUCCAAGAGGGUCACCUCAGCCAUCUCCGGUGGCGUCGCCGGGCUUGGGCAGGCACAGGACGCAGGCGCCACACCGUAGGGACUUCGAAGCUAAGCUGAGGAACUUUUACCGAAAGUUGGAGAGCAAAGGAUACGGCCAGGGUCCGGGCAAGUUCAAGCUUCAUAUUAGGCGAGAACAUCUGUUGGAGGAUGCGUUCCGCAGGAUAAUGUCGGCCAACAAGAAGGAGCUGCAAAAGGGUAAACUGUGCGUGGUGUGGGACAUGGAGGAGGGUCUCGAUUACGGCGGUCCGUCCAGAGAAUUCUUCUUUCUGCUAUCGAGAGAACUCUUUAAUCCCUAUUACGGACUCUUCGAGUACUCCGCCAAUGACACCUACACUGUCCAGGUAUCGCCGAUGUCUGCAUUCGUUGAUAACUACCACGAUUGGUUUCGGUUUAGUGGUAGAGUGUUGGGUUUGGCGUUGGUCCAUCAAUAUCUUCUGGACGCUUUCUUCACACGUCCUUUCUACAAGGCUCUGCUGCGCCUUCCCGUCGCCCUCUCGGACUUGGAGAGCCUCGACUUUGAGUUCCAUCAAUCGUUGCAAUGGAUCAAGGAUCACGACGUCUCCGGCCAGGGCGAACUCGAACUGACGUUUGCCGUCACCGAAGAGGUGUUCGGGCAGGUGCUAGAGCGCGAGCUCAAGCCGGGCGGUAGGAAUGUGCCGGUAACGGAAAAGAACAAGAAGGAGUACUUAGAGCGAAUGGUCAGAUGGAGGUUGGAACGCGGAGUCGCCGAGCAGACGGAGUCUUUGGUAAGAGGAUUCUACGAAGUCGUGGAUCCUCGGCUGGUCGCCGUCUUCGAUGCCCGCGAACUCGAGUUGGUGAUGGCCGGCACCGCGGAGAUUGAUCUUCACGACUGGAGAUCAAACACCGAAUACCGAGGUGGAUAUCACGACGGUCAUCCGGUAGUUCAAUGGUUCUGGCAGGCCAUAGAAAGAUUCACCAACGAGCAGCGUUUGCGACUUCUUCAAUUCGUGACAGGCACGUCGAGUAUACCCUUCGAGGGUUUCGCGGCUCUCCGGGGCUCCAUCGGACCCAGGAAAUUCUGCAUAGAAAAAUGGGGGAAACCCAAUAGUCUACCUAGGGCGCACACCUGCUUCAAUCGCCUCGAUCUACCUCCUUACCCGACGUCCGAGGUCCUCUACGAGAAACUUCUGCUCGCCGUCGAAGAGACCAACACAUUUGGCAUCGAGUGAGCGCCAAAAGAAGAAUCACAAUAAAAAAAUAAAAUAUGAACACUUGAAAGCGAUUAACCAAAAACCAAAACUAAAUAAUAGUAACAGAAGUACGGAAAACCAGAGCCAGAGUGACGGUAACGGACGAGUACGAUGUGCACAUUGCAUUAUUUAUUUCGGAGCGGAGAAACGCCAGUGCCAAAAUCAGUUCUUCUUCGUGCAGUUUCCUAAUUUAGUUACCGGCAACAAGAAAUUAUUUUCGAAAUAUAAAGAAUAUAGAAGGAGAAGAGAAAGCGUAGAAUACACGUUAUUGUUUUAUAUAUAUUACAAUUAUUAUGUGAUUGUU